UUUAUGUUCACGUAGGUUAUUUUGCAUUGCGCUUCAAGCAUGAUCGGACUGCUUGUAUUGGUGGCGCUGCUAGCUUUGUCUGUGAUAUGUCUAUGGAAAAAAGCUUAUAAACGACAUGACAAUUUUCCACCAGGACCGCCAAGUCUGCCAAUAUACGGAGCCUAUUGGAUUAUUGUUGCGAAAGCCUUCAACAACCUUGCACUGGCCACAAUACGAUUAGCUAAAGAGUACAAUACGAAAUUGGUGGGGCUAUAUUUAGGGCCUAUUCCUGUGGUUCUGGUCAAUGACUCUACUUUGAUCAAGGAAGUACUGAAUAGGGAAGAGUUUGAUGGACGAUUGGAUACAAUCAUCCCUAGAGCAAGAGGUUUCUGGAAGAUAUUAGGCAUCUUCUUCACUGAUGGUUUCUUCUGGCAUACACAGAGAAGAUUCUCACUCCGUUACAUGCGCGAUUGGGGCUUCGGGCGCCGAUGUAAUGCUCUCGAAGAGACAAUUAUUCAUGACACCAAAGAGAUGAUAGAAAUGGUACAGAAUGGAACUACGACUGAUGAAGAAAAGAAAAUCGUCAACGGAGAUCUCAUAUACCUACCUCACUUCUUCGACGUUCCGUUCGUGAAUGGAUUGGUACAAGUAUUUGUGCAAAAGACUUUUGCCCGUAAAGAAUAUUCGCAGAUUUGGAAGUUGGGAAAGUCUGCUUUAAAGUUCCAGAGAAGCACAAAUGAUCUGGGUGGGGCGCUGGUUAUUACACCCUGGAUAAAAAACAUCUUUCCAAACAUCAGUGGCUAUAAUGAUUUGACUAACGGAACAAAAGGCAUAUCCGACUUUUACGGAGAGCUUAUAAAAGACGCUAUAGACACAUAUGAAGACACCCACGAACGCCACUUUUUUGAUGCGUAUAUAAAGAAAAUGAAACAGGAAACUGAGGAAAAUCAGCGUACUACAUACUCAGCCGAGCAACUGCAAUUAAUUUGCACAGACUACACAUUCCCUACUGCGAGUGCGACAGAAAUGACGCUUACGAUUCUACUAGAAAGGAUACUACUUCAACCGGAACUACAAGAUAAGAUUCAUGAAGAACUAGACCGUGUGGUGGGGAGAGAUCGAAUGCCUACUUUGGAUGAUAGACAGAAUUUGCCGUUCACAGAGGCUUGCAUUCGUGAGAUGUUAAGAUUCGAGACACUUGUGCCUUUGGGCGUGCCUCAUCGCGCGAUGAAUGACACAACACUUGGAGGAUACGAUAUUCCUGAGGGUUCCUCGGUGGCAGUUAAUCUAGUUGCUCUCCACAUGGAUGAGAAGAUCUGGGGUGAUCCGCAGAACUUCAGACCUGAGCGGUUCAUUGUUGAUGGAAAGGUUCAAGUUAGCCUGGACAAGUCCCUACCUUUUGGAGCUGGACGCAGACUUUGUGCUGGAGAGACCUACGCUCGUCACAGCAUGUUUCUGAUAUUCGCGGCCUUUAUGCAGGCCUUCCAGGUGUCGACAGCUGAUGGCAAGCCUUUAAUCCAACCCGCGAAGAGGAUACAGGGUAUUAUAACCACGAUUCCAGAGUUCUGGGUUCGGGUUACGCCAAGAAUAGGUUAAACAGCAAUUUGCAUAUGUAAGGUUCUAUUACGAGUUUGUUGAACUAAUACAGUGUAAGCUUUUUGUAACGAAGUUCAAGGCACCGAGCAUUUUUUCGUUAUAGAGAUUAUUCGUUAUACAGAGGGAAGAGAAAAACAAACCAAAUUUAACCAAUUACGUUGACACAUAACGCUUUUCUUUUACUGACUAUAUCAGUUUCAAAGUUUGUGUACGACUAAUAAUACACGAUAGUUGACAAUGGUGCGUUUAGUAACUGAGACCAAAAUUUCCUACAUGCAAUGUAAUCUAAAAAUAAUGCCACACGUGUUAAUGCAAUUAACAAUAAAAAAGGCGAGUCUACUGUUAUGCCUUUUUAGAAAUUUCGGCACCUCAAAAUUUUAGUUUUGUUAGCUGAUUAAAAAAUCAAUUACACUUAAGUAUGUUGUUGAUGUCUAAAUAUGAAAAUAUUAUCGUUUUAUAGCAUCACUAUUGCGUUAUAAAGAGUGAAUCAAUGUAUGGGUUUUGUGUUAAACCAAACAAAUUUACCUCAUUUUUACGUUAUAGAGACAUUUUCGUUAUAGCGAAUAAAGCUAAAAAAAACGUUAUAAAGAGUGUACACUGUGUUAAAAAAUACGGUAUAAAAAAAAAUUGUAAGGAGCGGUUAACGUAGCGUAUAAAAAUAAUUUACUAUCGUAAACAACAUAAAAAAUACGGUUUAUUGUUUAUACGGGACUUUGUCAUUAAUAACUUAAUUUUAAAAAACAUAAAUCUAUCGAUAAGUAAUAAAUUUUAAUAGGAAGCCUUGAUAUUUAAUAUUAAUUAUAAUAUUUUAAACAUG